AUGGAUCGAACAAGAGAAUUUAGAUCGCUUGUAGCAGCAACAAAUGCUCUGCAGGAGAGGCCCAGAUGUUCAGAGCAGCCGUCUGCUGCCACAGUGCAGAGCGCACAGAAGAACAUAGAUCUAUUAGAAAGUGCUGUGAGCCAGAGAAGAGCACCAAGCAGUGCACUAAUCAGUGAUACAGAACGGCAGCUGGACAUUUUGUUUGACCAGAUUGCAGGAAUGCAAUGCACAGAAGACAUAGACCAGAGCAUUGUGCGGCUUAUGAAGCACAAGCACAGUGGGUUUAUUUUGAAGCUCCGGGAGAUUUUGAGCAGGCACAGGGAAAACGAGCAGAGAAAAGCUGCAGCGCUGCACCAGGAGGAACAGCAGAGACGCACACCUUCCAUAGGGCAUGCUAUGCGGCAAGAAACCAGGCAUGUGAGCAGAGAAAUACAGAGAGAAGAAAUGAGCAGCAUUCGGAGAAGAGAGUUUGAGUCUUUGGAGCAGCACAUAAACGAGCUUGGGCAGAUGGUGACCGAGGUGUCCAUGCACAUAUCAUUGCAGGGUGAGAAGGUGGACCUAAUUGAUGGCCUAUUCACACAGGCUAAGUCAAAUCUGCGCGGGGGGUCAUACGAGCUGAGAGGAGCCUUAGAGAAAGUCAAACAAAAAAGAAGAAGCAUUUUAGUAAUAUUCGCAGUGCUCUUUGGAAUUCUAUUCUUAAAAUACCUUCGAUGGAUAUAA